CCUACUGGGGACUGGAAAAACCAAAAGGAGGUAUUUGGAUGUUACGCAAUACGAGCGUGUAGAUACAUACAGGUAUAUUGCGUGUUCAUAUCACAACGACAUGCCUGGGUGUAUGUAGCACAGCCGUCUAGAGCGUCUCCGAUCAGUAUUCAGGUAUGUACAUAGAUUAAUGGAAUACAAGCCAGUAGAUUCUUAACAAUAUGAAUCGAAUUGAGUGGGCAACUUUGGUGACUGUGGCAACCCUGGCAACGGUUACAUUGAAAGUGGAAGGUCAACGUUCAUGUUCUACCGAUGGCUGUCUCCAUGGUAACGGUGGUCUACCAUGUCAGUCAUGUCAACCUGAGUGUUACGGCUCAACAUGCAGCUACACAUGUCAUGGACGCUGCGAUACAGACGGCUGUAACAGACAAACUGGCCAGUGUUUCAGAUGCCGACCAGGGAUGUACGGACGAGACUGCGACCAAACAUGUCCACUUAAAUGCGCCAACAGUGUGAUAGGCGGGAAUGCCUACUGUGAUCGAGACACAGGUGCGUGUUCUGAAGCAUGUCGACCAGGAUGGAGCGGUUCACACUGUAAUGAAUCGUGUCCGCUCAACUGCAAACAUCAAACCUGUAACAAGCAAACAAAACAGUGUAUCGCCGGGUGUGAGACAGGCUGGACAGGAGAUUACUGUAAUACAACAUGUGACAACUGUCUGAUGGGAAGAUGCAACGAUAAGGGCUACUGUCUCUUGGGCUGUAAAGCGGGCUUCUUCGGACAAAACUGUGAUAGGGGAUGUCAACACUGUUGGACUACUGGCUGUGACAGAGGUUCCGGAAUCUGUGAACAGUGUCAUCCUGGUUACCAUGGCUCCCACUGCGCCGAGACGUGUCCUGAAACCUGCUAUAAAGGCUGGGAGGGUUACAGAAACUGUGACCGUCACACCAAGGCUUGUCUCGAGGGCUGUGAACCUGGAUGGCACGGGUCUCAUUGCAAUACACCGUGCAGCACCUCCUGUACAGCUGCCCGUUGUUACAGACGUGACGGUUCCUGUGUAGAUGGAUGUGUACCAGGUUUCUAUGGCAAACACUGCCACAAGAGAUGCAGUCAUGAAAACUGUAAAAACAACACUUGUGACUACCAUGGUCAUUGUACGGAAUGCAAAGAUGGCUGGUUUGGAGAAGACUGUCGGCGACUUUGCCCAGCACUGUGUGAGUCAUUUCUUCGCGACACUGGGCACUGUUCACGGUGUUCUGAUGGCUAUCAUGGUCCUGACUGUGAUGAUAAAUGCAGUGACACCUGUUUGCAUCACACAUGUGACAGAGAUGGCAACUGUUUUGAGUGUAGAGAUCUGACGUACGGAACUCGGUGUCAAUACCCAUGUAGCGAGAACUGCGAGAGAUGCGACCAGACAACGGGGGCGUGUACAAGGUGCAGAGGAGGACACUUCCUUGAAGACGGCAGAUGUACCCCAACAGUAUCUGAACAUUAUACAUCCUCGCGGGCAGAUUCCGUGAAGCAUACGCGAUUUCAAUUAAAACAUUUUUCUGCAUUUUCUAAACACUUAUCUGUGCAUGCGCUAUGACUUGGCGUUGCUAGAAGAUAAGUUUCAUUAUAUUCAGUUGUUUCGGUCACUGUUUAGGAGUGCAGUAUUGCGCCAAAAUGUCUUUCAGCAUUCAGAUCUAAUGUCGUGGCAGUUUCCGUUUCGACUUUACAAAAACAGUUCAGCUAUUCAAGACAGAUCGUUAUAUGUUGCAUUGUUUAUAGAUAUUCAAGCAACAUUGUUUGCGAUAUUGUGCCAUCUACCUGGACAUUUGACGAUGAUUAUCAUCGCUGACAUGUAUUUUAAUUCGUGUGAUUGUGCAAAA